CUCCCCCCCCCUCUCCUCGCUCUCAAAAUGGCGGCCGCGCCCGUUGAUGGAUUGAAUCUUCUGUGUUGAAUGCCUCUGGAUUCCGUACUGGGUUUGACAUCUGGGGAAAUACUUGUGAUUUAAGCCACUGUGGCAGACUGAAUUGUGGAUCCUGGGUUCCCAAGACUUUAGCUCUUGAGGAGAAGCCACUGCUCGAUCACGUUAACCUGACAUCUCAGCCACGAUGGUGCUGUCACAAAGGCAACGAGAUGAACUAAAUCGAGCGAUAGCAGAUUACCUCCGUUCCAAUGGCUACGAGGAGGCAUACUCGGUUUUUAAAAAGGAAGCUGAAUUAGAUGUGAAUGAAGAGUUAGAUAAGAAGUAUGCUGGACUUCUGGAAAAGAAAUGGACGUCUGUUAUAAGAUUACAAAAGAAGGUAAUGGAAUUAGAAUCGAAGCUGAAUGAAGCUAAGGAAGAAUUUACAUCAGGUGGACCUCUUGGUCAGAAACGAGACCCUAAAGAGUGGAUUCCUCGUCCUCCAGAGAAGUAUGCAUUGAGUGGGCACAGGAGUCCUGUCACCCGAGUAAUUUUCCAUCCAGUGUUCAGUGUUAUGGUCUCUGCUUCAGAGGAUGCCACAAUAAAGGUGUGGGAUUAUGAGACAGGAGACUUUGAGAGAACCCUGAAGGGGCACACAGACUCUGUGCAAGAUAUUUCCUUUGACCACACUGGCAAACUCUUGGCCUCCUGUUCUGCUGAUAUGACCAUUAAGCUAUGGGAUUUCCAGGGCUUUGAGUGCAUCAGAACUAUGCAUGGUCAUGAUCAUAACGUUUCUUCGGUAGCCAUCAUGCCCAACGGAGAUCAUAUAGUUUCUGCCUCAAGGGAUAAAACUAUCAAAAUGUGGGAAGUCCAGACAGGUUACUGCGUGAAGACUUUCACGGGGCACAGAGAAUGGGUGCGCAUGGUGCGGCCCAACCAGGACGGCACCUUGAUUGCCAGCUGCUCCAACGACCAGACGGUGCGCGUGUGGGUGGUGGCGACAAAGGAAUGCAAAGCUGAGCUCCGAGAGCACGAGCAUGUGGUAGAGUGCAUUUCCUGGGCUCCUGAGAGCUCCUACUCCACCAUAUCAGAAGCUACAGGAUCAGAGACUAAGAAGAGUGGCAAGCCUGGGCCUUUUCUGCUGUCUGGAUCCAGAGACAAGACCAUUAAGAUGUGGGACAUUAGCACUGGCAUGUGCCUUAUGACACUUGUGGGCCAUGAUAACUGGGUACGUGGCGUCCUGUUCCAUUCUGGGGGAAAGUUUAUUUUGAGCUGUGCUGAUGACAAGACUCUCCGUGUCUGGGACUUCAAGAACAAGCGAUGCAUGAAAACCCUCAACGCGCACGAACACUUUGUUACCUCUUUGGAUUUCCACAAGACAGCCCCGUACGUGGUGACUGGGAGUGUAGAUCAAACAGUAAAAGUGUGGGAGUGCCGCUGAUGGAGUUCACAGUGACCCCUUUUCCUCUGGAUGCACUCAGAUACCAUGGUUACCCAUUGAGCUCUGUUUAAAUAAAUAUUGUCCUUUCAUGUAAAUUAUUCUGGAUGUAGAUUGAGCUUAUUAAAUGUUACACACAAAGUAUUCAUGCAUGGUGAAUCCAAAUUGUAUACUGUAAAUUUACAUACGUUGUCUAGAAGUACCAUAGGUUUAAGAACAUGGGCUGGCAUUGGUCACAUCAGACCUGAGAAGGCAGAAGUGGGAUGAUUGGAAUAGGGCACUUAACUGAAUAGUUGACAGUGUCGUUAUGUCGGAUAAUUAUACCUGUUUUUCUUUCUGCUGUCUGUUGGUGCCUGAAUUGGUGACCUCAUUUGGGAAAAGUUUUGUAGGGCUCUUUCAGAAAUGUGUAUCUAUGUAACAUCACUUAAGUGUGCUUAAUAAAUCUUCUCUAAGAAUACUA